AUGGUAAAUACUGUGAUUGAAACUAUUAAUGAAAUCACUACCAAUUAUAAAUUCAUUUAUGACCAGUUGGACCAAAUAACUGAGACAAGUUUUGUAACACCAUUAAUAUCUGAACAAUUUGCUAGCCUAUCCAUAUCUAUAUUCAAUUUUUCUCAAAGAUUUUCUGGUUCUUCUCUAAGUUCUUCUAGUAACUCAAAUCAAUUAUCUUUUUCCAAUAUUACCUUAACAAUCAGAAACCACUUUAAAAUUCUUUUUGAUAAGAUUAUGAUAAACAAUAAUUAUUCUUUAGACAAUAUGUGUAAUAUGAUGUCUGUUGAGAUUCAUAAUCUUGGAAUGGAAAAGAUUAAUAAGGAAACUAUAAAAAAUUUUUAUUAUAAUAAUAAUGAUGAUUUUAGAGGUAGUAUUUUAAAUAAAAUAAGUGCUUGGAUUGAUAGCAAAAAUAAUUUUAACUUAGCUAAUAAUACGGAGUAG